AUGCUGCAGACAAUUUACGAGAGUGAAUCGUGUUUUUCCUCAGAUGGGGUUUCUGGACGUGAACAGCUCUUGGCUCAGCAAAGAAUGCACAGUAUGAUCAGCUCAGUGGAUGUAAAGUCGGAGGUUCCCGUGGGAUUAGAGCCUAUCUCACCAUUAGACUUGCGAACUGAUCUCAGGAUGAUGGUUCCCAUGGUGGACCCAAUUAUGCGUGAAAAGCAGCUACAGCAGGAACUACUUCUGAUCCAGCAGCAGCAGCAAAUUCAGAAACAACUGCUGAUUGCAGAGUUUCAGAAGCAGCAUGAAAACCUGACCCGCCAGCAUCAGGCCCAGCUCCAGGAGCACAUAAAGUUACAACAGGAACUCCUAGCCAUUAAACAACAGCAAGAACUCCUUGAAAAAGAGCAGAAACUGGAGCAGCAGAGACAAGAGCAGGAACUGGAGAGGCAUCGCAGGGAACAACAGCUUCCUCCCCUCCGAGGCAAAGAAAGAGGCCGAGAAAGGGCAGUGGCCAGUACAGAAGUGAAGCAGAAACUUCAAGAGUUCCUGUUGAGUAAAUCAGCCACAAAAGACUCUCCAGCAAAUGGGAAGAAUCAUUCCAUGAGCCGCCACCCCAAGCUCUGGUACACGGCUGCCCACCAUACCUCACUGGAUCAAAGCUCUCCACCCCUGAGUGGGGCCUCGCCACCGUACAAAUACACUUUACCAGGAGCACAGGAUGCCAAGGAUGAUUUUCCACUUCGUAAAACGGCUUCAGAGCCCAAUUUGAAGGUACGUUCAAGGUUAAAACAAAAGGUGACAGAAAGGAGAAGCAGUCCUUUACUCAGGAGGAAGGAUGGAAAUGUUGUCAGUUCAUUCAAGAAGCGACUCUUCGAGGUGACAGAAUCCUCAGUCAGUAGCAGCUCCCCUGGAUCCGGUCCCAGUUCCCCAAGCAAUGGUCCGACCAGCAGUGUAACAGAAAACGAAACCUCAGUUUUACCAUCUAACAUUCAAGCUGAGCAUCUGGUUUCACAGCAACGCCUUUUGAUACAGGAUGAAUCAGUGAACUUGUUGAGUCUGUACACAUCCCCUUCUCUACCCAACAUUACCUUGGGACUUCCAGCAGUACAACCUCAAAUCAGUGCUUCAUCGUCAUUCAAAGAAAAGCAGAAGGGGGAGACCCAGUCGCUCAGACAAGGAGUGGCCUUGGCUGGACAAUAUGGGGGGAGCAUUCCUCCGUCCUCAACUCAUCCUCACGUUGCUUUGGAGGGAAAGCCAAAUAGCAGCCACCAGGCUCUCCUGCAGCAUCUGUUACUGAAAGAACAAAUGAGACAGCAAAAACUUCUUGUGACUGGAGCGGUUCCUCUUCAUCCACAGUCUCCUUUAGCAGCAAAGGAGAGAGUCUCACCUGGCAUAAGAGCUGCCCACAAACUGCCUCGUCACAGGCCACUGAAUCGAACCCAGUCAGCUCCUCUUCCUCAGAGUACUUUGGCCCAGCUGGUCAUCCAGCAGCAACAUCAACAAUUUUUGGAGAAGCAGAAACAGUACCAGCAGCAGAUCCACAUGAAUAAGAUGCUCUCUAAGUCCAUUGAGCAGCUCAAGCAGCCUGGCAGUCACCUGGAGGAAGCUGAAGAAGAGCUUCACGGCGAUCACUCGAUGCAGGAAGAGCAAGCUCCCGCCGGCGGUGCCAGCAUUAGGGCUGAGAGCAGCAGUGCUGGUGUGGAUGACAGAAUAGGACAGCAGGUGGGGGCUGUGAAAGUCAAAGAGGAGCCGCCGGACAGUGAUGAGGAUGUUCAAACCCAGCAAAUGGAAUCUGGGGAGCAAGCUGCUUUUAUGCAACAGGUAAUAGGCAAAGAUUUAGCUCCAGGAUUUGUAAUUAAGGUUAUUAUCUGAACAUCACGUGCAUUUUCUAGGCUUUGAUAAGCAACUGUGUUUCUAUUCACUGAUCUAGCAAAUCCUGAUUUACUGUGCAAAUAACCUAACAAAGGCAGAAGUGUUGUAUGCACACUUGAAAACAUAGUGAAGCUCAUCCUUAUGGCCACUAAUUGAGAAAAUACCUGUUGCAGUCAAUUAUUCCACAUAAAUCUUUGCAUCAUAGCUGAUAGACUUUGUAUUAGCCAGGAUUACGUUACAUCGCUUAGUUCUAGUGAAAAAGAACUCGUAUCACCUAGCUCGUUGAGAUCAGCAAUUGCUGGAAUUAGUUUCCAGACCUGAUUGAUGAAACAUUCUUCUCUGACUUUGAAUCCUCUGACUUUUGCUUUCGGCUAUCUGUAUAUACUGUAUCAUACUGUAGUCUUGAACACUGUUAAUGUUAGGGUAUUUUUUUCCCCAGUAGACAGGUACUGACUGCUAUAUCAGUGGUCCCAGGCUGGUGUAUAAAGUAAAAUUUUGAGAGGAAUACAAGGUGGAUGUAAAGAGGCAAGGCACUGUUUGAAAAUUGCAUUGUUUUCUUUUUUUGCACUCCUUAGUUAAUAUUUCAUUCUGUCUUAUUUCGUGAUACUGUCCGAGAAACAUCCUUAAAUGAAGCAGAUGCAAGUACUGGUGAGAAGCAAAAUGCAGCAUUACGUUCCAGUCAGUUCUUAGGAUAUUGCAGGAAAAGCUCAGAACUGUUUGUUAUCAUUAUCAUCUGAUAGCCUGUCACUUGUUUUUUGUUUUGGUUUUUUUUAAAAUAAAGACUAAUCAUACAAUAUCACAUAACCUUUACCGCUAGGUCUCAUGGACAAAUACUAAAAUAACGACUGUGCAUAAAAUGCCAGCUUGGCAAACAGAAACUUCAGAUCGUUGGCGAGCAUUUCACCAAAGCCGAAAAGCGCGGUGCGUGCGUACGGCCAGCGAGCUGGCGUCCCUUUCCCUUGCUGUAAAAUCAGGCAGAGCCAGGCUGGAUGCAGUGGAAGGCCCUGUUUAUUUAAGUCGAUACUUUGUCAGGUCCCCGCUGUUCUCCUGCAGAAAAGUGAUUUUGGGAGGGGGGACAGGAAAUGCCUUAUGGAAACAGGAAGCCCAAGUGAUUCAUGUGCUGAGGA